GUGUGAGUGAAGAGAGUGAGUGACUUCCUUACUUCCCUCAUUAUCAUCAUCGUCUUCUUCCUCAUUUUGUCUCUUUUUUCUGUCUACCGUUUUUUAUUCUCGUCGAGCAUCAUCAAGAAGUCCGCGUGUACUUCGUUGCAAUGGCCAACAUGCUGACAUUCCUGACAGUCCUUGCUGUUGCCUUCGUGACAGUCAACGGCGCCAUCCGGGUGGACGACAAGCGAGGAUUCCGCUACUGCCGAACCCCCCAGCUUGCACAGAUUGAGAGCGUGCAAGUCACAGGUUGCAACAGAUGGCCCUGUUUCAUUAUCCCGGGCAGGACCGGCACCUUCCAGAUCACCUUCACACAUAACUCAGAUAUCCCCAUCACCAACAUGAUCAGCAGCAUCUACGCCCGCGUGAGCCUGCCCGUGACCAACCUGGGCGCCGGCAACACCCGAGUGGCCAUGCCCCGCGAGACCAAGCAGCCCGUGUGCCACCUGACCACCCCCGGAUGCCCCGUCUACCCCAACACCAAGACGACCAUUAGCAAGACGAUCGUCGUGCCCCAACAAGCUCGUUUGGUACGCGGUCCCAUGAUGGUGGAAUUCCAGGUGCAGGACAACCUGGGCAGGAUGGUCACCUGCUUCAUGGCUCCCGUUUUCACCAACUAAUGUCUCGGACGGCGCACUCUUCUCCUUCCACGCAACCCACGCACUUUUUUUUACCUCAGUAAUCAUCUCCCUGGUCCAAAAAACCGUGAUUCUCAGUGUCCUCCAGUUACUGUUAUUAUUAUUUUUAUAGUUCUGUUGUGGUGUGUGUCAUGCUAAUGUUAUGUUGCUUUUCUUUAUUCAUUUACUUGAUCAUGUUUUUGGAAAUUGUAGAACUUAUGAAUCAAGAUAAUUGCAUAUAUAUGGUCAUGUUUGGUAUUAUGUAUUUCGAAAACACACAUGUCGUAAACUCGUUUUAAUGAUAAUGAAAUAUCACGUUAUUUAUUUUGUUCCAGUGCUAUUUUUCCAACCUCUCAUGAAUGCUGUCAUUUAGUUAUUGUAACUCUUAGUUUCAGUCCAAACAAUGUUCUCCUAGUAUUAAGUUUCUUGUAUUUUCCAUUUGUCUAUUGCUGGGGCAGCCAUCCAGUAUAAGAUGUGUUUAAAGUGUUCGGAAUCUAUACCUGGUGACAAAACUUGUACUUUGUUUGUAAUCAUCUUGAGCUUUAUAUUUUUCAGGAAAAGUUGUAUUCAAUGUUCCUAUUUGUUCUUUGUCUUUGUUUAUUUCUGUUACACUACAAGUUAUUUUAAUGCCUCACUAAUAACUUAAAUACCUCUCCAUGUAUUAGCCUCAAAUGUAGACC